AUGGGUUCUAUGGCGCAAUUGAUGUUUGACGAGUUCGGGCAACCGUUCAUCGUCAUGCGUGACCAGGAGAAGCAGAAGCGGCUUACUGGGAUCGAAGCUGUCAAGAGUCACAUUCUUGCUGCUCGCUCUGUUGCAAACACCCUUCGCACCUCACUUGGUCCAAGAGGUCUCGACAAAAUGCUGGUUUCUGCUGACGGUGAGGUAACUAUUACCAACGACGGUGCCACGAUCAUGGAGAAAAUGGACGUGCAACAUCACGUUGCCAAACUUAUGGUUGAAUUAAGCAAAUCGCAAGAUGCUGAGAUCGGAGAUGGAACAACUGGAGUUGUUGGUGGGUGCUUGUGGCCUCAACUUUUGAUGUGUGGAACAGGAUCACUGUAA